UGCUGUCAACACACAAGAAGACACCAGAGGCUUAGAACUGCAGAAGAACAUCUCGCGAGAUUUGUAGGAAGGAAAUACUCCGCAAACAUGUCUGAGAAUGAGCUGGGUCAGAAGUGGGACCGCUGUCUCGCCAACACCGCUGUCAAACUAGGUGCUGGCCUCGGAUUGGGUAUCGUGCUCUCGGUCGUCUUCUUCAAACGCCGCACGUGGCCGAUAGCUUUUGGCUCAGGAGUCGGGUUGGGCAUGGCAUACUCCAACUGCCAGCAUGAUUUAAGGUCACCGUACCUUCUGCAUGGGCACAUGAUCAAGGAUCAGUAGUGCAGUCUCCUGAAGGAGGUGUCGCUCUUCCUCUCUCAUUCAUUUAUUCAUUUGCACAGUCCUGUCUGUCAGUGUGUCUGUGGGCCACAGCUCCCUGCCAUGUACCCCGUGUCAGUCCCGCCUCCCCGAACAGUACAGUCUGUGUUUAUUUAAUAAAACCACCCCAGUGUA